AUGAGAGAAUUAAAUUCACUUUUUGAUUAAGCGGUUUACUCAAUAUCAAUCAUCUUGACUAUGGAUUAUAACCGGAUCAAAUUUUAAGCCAAAAGAAUGGAAAUACACUAUCAUCUAAGUUUACUAAACAAUAAGAAAUUAUAUUUCCUAGCAUAAAUUCAAGAGAGCGUAAAACCUCUCGUUCAAAAUGAUCUAUCAUAAUUGACUAAAUUUGAUUCCUAUUUGAUUAAUGAUAUACUUUUAGAAAACAUUGUUAAAAUAACUUCUGGAUCUCAUAAAUUGAAAUCGUUAGAGUAUUAAAAUAAGAAGAAUGAUGAUUUGAGUAAGAAAGCUAAUUCAUUAUUGAGAUUAAUAGUUGAGGAAUUCAAGUAUGGGGUUUUGAAUAAAUUAAAGAUAUGA